UUGAGUUUUUCCCUGAAUUUUUUAUACAUGUGGCACGUGGUGAACCCCCACCCCGAAUUUUCUGUUGGACGUCCUGGUGUUGAUCAGUGGUUUUUAAUUAUUCACGUCUUCUUUAGGAUGGAUAUAAUAGGACAUUAACGUCGGGUCACGAGCACUCCAGAAACAUCUCUUUUGGGGUAGAAGUCCUCCGAAAUUUUCUAGUUUAGAGUGAAGUUGAAGGAUCUUCUAGAGGAUUUGACAUCCAGGGACAUGCGUUUGUCGGUUUUUAACGAGAAUGAUGAAGUACUACUCCUGGGGGAGGGUAAUUUCUCGUUCACCAAGAGUUUACGUAAAUAUAACCUGAAAAUUCGAAUCACGUCUACUUGUUAUGAAACUUCAGCAAUAAAUGAAGAGGCACAGAGGAAUAUUGAGUAUCUAAGAACUCAGGAUGCAGACACUCCAGAAGUUGACGUGCCUCACAUUGAGACACUCGAUACGAAAGCAGAAGACAAUAGAGUUAUGCAAAACCUUAACGGGUGUUGAACUGAAUUUAAUAAGACAUCCUCGUAGGACAUUCCAUUGUGCCAGUUGUUUUUGCAAUGACGAAGUGGCACGUCCGCUUCGUAGCCGAAAGCCCAAGUCCACCAGGGAUACACUCCAAUAUUUUGUAGAUGUUAAACAGGUGAGAGUAUCAGGGGGACAGGGUGGAGAUGGUGCGAUAAGUUUUCUUCACGCGUGGUCGAACGAGAACGGCGGCCCCGAUGGAGGAGAUGGGGGUCACGGAGGUCACGUUAUCUUCCAGGUAUCGAGGGAUGUAACUAGUUUGAACCACUUGAAAACCGUAACCGAGGCGGAGCCGGGGGAGAAGGGAUACAACAAAGAUUGUCAUGGAAAAAAUGCUCAACAUACAGUGAUCAAAGUGCCUGUUGGCACAAUUGUCAGGAGCACCAGUGGAAAUAUCCUGGCGGAUCUUGAGGAUGAGGGGAUGAUGUUUAUUGCAGCUCGAGGGGGAGCUGGAGGCCAUGGAAACGCCUUCUUCACAUCUGAUGUCCAACAAGCACCGAAAAUUGCAGAGUUUGGGGCUAAAGGGGAGGAGAAGCAAUAUGUACUGGAAGUUAGAUCGAUGGCACAUGUUGGAUUGAUUGGACUCCCAAAUGCUGGGAAAAGUACUCUCUUACGUGCGAUAACCCGAGCACGCCCAAAAGUUGCAUCUUACGCCUUUACAACUCUGAAGCCUCACAUAGGAAUGGUGCAGUACGAUGAUUACGAGCAGAUCGCUGUUGCAGACUUACCUGGACUCAUCGAGGACUCCCACAAGAACAAAGGUCUGGGAAUAAUGUUCUUGAAGCAUGCAGAAAGGUGUGCUGCACUGCUGUUUAUACUCGAUAUCAGUCUCGAGGAGCCCUGGGAACAACUGGCGACUCUCAAAAACGAAAUCAAUCAGUUCAGUACAAAACUCAACGAACGACCUAAACUAGUCAUCGCUAAUAAGAUUGAUAUACCUGGGGCUCAGGACAACCUAGAAAAACUCCUCCAGAAAGUCGAUAUCCCAGUGAUUCCAAUAUCCGCUAAAAUGGGCACGAACAUGGGCGUCCUGCUCCGAGAGAUGAGGAUCCUCUACGACGAGGAGUUGAAAAACCGCGAGAUAAAAUCAGAAGCAGAUGUUGAAUAAGUGAAAAUCUAUUUCUCACCCAAAAAAUAUGAAACGUACAAAAUCGAAUAAACAGCAUUGAAUCCCAGGCGACCUAAA